AUGAAUGCCGCCGCUCAGAGUGCGACGGACCCCCUGACGGACGAGAUAGUUGGGAACAUCGAUCUCCAGUACUACGGUCCAGUUGGGUUUGGAAACGAGACACAUCCACAACAGCUCUCAGUGAUUAUAGACACGGGCUCUGCAGACCUCUGGGUCCCUGUGGGUUGUGGCGAUUGCGUGAACCCGCAAUAUGAAGCCAAUGCGAGUUCAACGUACACGGAUACUGGGAAUCCGUUCAAUGUGACUUACGGAUCCGGCAAUGUAGGAGGCACCCUCGCGCAUGAUACGAUCAGUAUUGGUAGUCUGGAGAUCGAUAAGCAAUACUUCGGUGCCGUUACUCACGUGUCGAGUGACUUCAAUGAGGAUCCAAUCUCCGGCCUCAUCGGGCUUGGUUUCAGCUCUAUCGCGACGUCAGGGGAACCGACAUUCUUUGAGAACCUGAUCAUGCAGGAUAAGGUCUCGGCACCAUUCUUCUCUGUAUAUUUGACAAGAGGAAAGGCAAGCUGGAUAACCCUGGGAGGUUACGAUAUGUCAAAGGCAGUGGGACCUUUGACAUGGGUCCCAGUUAUUUCCAAGACCUACUGGACAGUACAAUUCAACGGAGCUGUUGUUGAAGGGAAAAACGUAACUGGUGACCUCUAUGCGGUAAUUGACACAGGUACUACUUUGAUAUAUGUCCCGCAGGCGGUGGCAUCCUCGAUCUACGCCAAUAUCCCUGGGGCUGGCCCCGCAGCAAACUACGACUCCAAUUUCUUCUCCUUUCCAUGCAACUCGAACCCCACGAUUUCAUUCUUGCUUGGCGGGCACGACCUCGGCCUUAACAUGCAGGACUUCAAUCUCGGACAAGAUGGAGACGGGUCAAAUAACUGCAUCGGUGGAAUCGUCGGGAUGGACGAUGCAUUCAUGGAAGGAUUUGCUAUCAUCGGGGAUGAGUUUCUGAAAUCAUGGUAUUCGGUGUUUGACUAUUCCCAUGGAGCGCGGGUGGGUUUCGCGCCGAGUGUUAAUAAUGCGCAGUAG